AUGUAUUUACUACCAACAAUUCUUUACUGCCUUUAUCUCCGCCCUGAUGAUAAUGAUCGAUUGCGAAUUAAAUUACGAUCACAUGACAACAUGAUCUCACAUAAUUUUAUGUGGCUGAACAUACCAAGAUAUGAAAUAAAAUACAAAUUCGUAGUUGCAAUUCUUUAUGAAUCUGUAAAACCAUCUGUGGUAACUAGUGACCAUAGAGGUAAAAAAGGGAAGAAAGCAAAGCAAGCAUGGAAGAGAGAUGAGGAGGAGGAAGCAGUGGAUGAGGAACGAUUUGAAAAGAUAGAAAUGAAACAGGCAGAAGGUGGGCGCAGUGGUCACGAAUGGUUUGAACGGAUGGAAAGAAGUUGUGAAAAAAUUGGAAGAGCUCACAGUAGAAAGUUCUACUGCGUUGAUAUGCAACUUCUCCGUAAAAAGCUCCGUUUCAAGAAUGUAAGAAAGCUUUGUACUAGUAUACGGGGUUUUACGUCAGAUACGCUGACUGGCGGAGUACUGGGUGCUCACAUCGAAGUAUCAUUCGUGCAAUCAAAGUUCCAUAAGACAAGUAAGCAAGCAAAAUAUUGGAAGUGGCUUGUGACCGAUUCAGAAGGAUACCGAGAAGGAAAUGGCUAG